AUGUCUCUGGGUAGUGACUUUGGGAACCCUUUAAGAAAAUUCAAACUGGUCUUUCUGGGGGAGCAAAGUGUUGGGAAGACAUCUCUGAUCACGAGGUUCAUGUAUGACAGCUUUGACAACACAUAUCAGGCCACAAUCGGAAUAGACUUCCUGUCAAAAACGAUGUACUUGGAGGACCGAACGGUGAGGUUGCAGCUGUGGGACACGGCUGGACAGGAGCGCUUUAGGAGCCUCAUUCCCUCCUACAUACGAGACUCUACUGUGGCCGUGGUGGUUUAUGAUAUUACAAAUGUGAACUCCUUCCAGCAAACGUCCAAAUGGAUCGACGACGUCAGAACAGAGAGAGGGAGUGAUGUCAUUAUCAUGCUAGUUGGCAACAAAACAGACUUGGGAGACAAGAGGCAGAUCACCAUAGAGGAAGGAGAACAGCGGGCCAAGGAGCUCCUCCCAGUGUUUAUUGAGACCAGCGCCAAGACAGGCUACAACGUCAAACAGCUGUUUCGGCGUGUGGCGUCUGCCCUUCCAGGGAUGGAGAGCAUGCAGGAGACGAGCAAGGAGGGAAUGAUUGACAUCAAGAUGGACCAACCGCAGGAGCCUCCGACCACUGAAGGCGGGUGCUCCUGUUGAUCCUGAUUGGAAGUGUUCAUCUACACCACUUGCUUGUGUUACUUCCUAUUGGUUAGCCUCCACUUGAGUUUUCAGAUUAGAAUCUGGUCUUUUCAUCUAAAUAUUGGUUAUCAGUCGGAAACUAUAUCGUUAUACACGUAAAAACACUAUACUUUAUUAACAAAUAAUGCCAAAAGAAAAGUCUUUAAAAUGAUUACAAUGAUUACAAACAUCAUAUACGUGUUUUUGUAAAAGUAGAAUGGAACAUUUUCUUUUUUUUUCUUUUUACAUUUUUGUAAUGUUAAAGAACUAAAAAGACACAGACAACCACUCCUCUUGGUUAGAGGCUCAAAUGGCACCCUGGUAAGUGCACUCUGAAGGGAAUAGGGUGUCACUGUGAUGGAAGGAAAGAGAUGAAUUGGAACACGCCAUCUCUAAUGGCUAGAGAGGGCAAACUGACCGGUAACUUUUCACUGAAUAUCUAAUGCAUGCA